AGUUUAGUUUUAUACCAUUCAGAGUACUUCUGAGAACGUUGAAUUGUUCUUUUGCUUGAAACAUUUUGGAUGGUAUCAAAAAGGAAAUCUUUUGAGAGGCAACGCAGUGGCAAAGUUCCAAUUCAGGACCAUAAACGGAGCUAUGUUGAUACCAAACAAGCGCCAAUCAGUGCCCUGAGAAAUGUGAUCAACGCACUGUGGCUGAAUGACCACUCAUCCUAUUUAGAAACUUUUGUGCGAAGAGUGGUAAGGGAGGAGUUGGAAAAAAAAAUCCAGGACCAGGCUCAUCUAUUUCCAAGAAAAAAGGUUAAUGAGGCUGGAAUAUCCGGAGCCAAACGCUUUAAGUUGUGCUUUCUUAAUAAGUUACCUAAGACAAUCUAUACUCGGUCUAAUAUAAAAGCAGAAGACGAAUCAGUUCUUCAAAUUGCUUUAUUUGAUGUUAGAACGAAGUCUGUAGUAGAGGAGGGUCCCCUUUCCUCGCUAAAGAUAGAGAUCUGUGUUCUGAAUGGUGAGUUCGGAUCUGAUGGCAGUGAGGAGUGGACAGAAGAGGAGUUCAAGUCCAAUAUCUCACGUGAAAGAGAAGGUAGAGAGCCCCUUUUGAUUGGAGAGAGGUUUAUUACUCUUAAAAAUGGAGCUGCUUGUAUCACUAAAAUUGCCAUAUCUGAUAACUCGAGAUGGCAAAGAAGCAGAAGGUUCAGGAUUGGAGUUAAAUGUGUGCCACCAACUUCCAUUGGAGAAAAGAUUCAGGAGGGUAGAAGUGAGCCUGUUAUUGUUAAAGAUAACAGGGGAGAGUGCUACAAGAAACACUUCCCUCCAUUCUUGGAUGACGAAUUAUGGCGUUUGAAGAAAAUUGCCAAGGAAGGAAGAAUCCAGAAGCAAUUUUCUUUACAUGGAAUUCACACCGUGAAGGAUCUCUUGCGGCAGUACAUAACCAACGAAAAAUCACUGUAUAAAAUGCUUGACCUUCCAAAGAAGUCAUGGUUAGCGAUCACUGACCAUGCCAAUACCUGUGUGAUCGAUGAUUACAAGCUUUACGGCUAUCACUCACAAGAACCGGAAAUAGGCCUGCUAUUCAAUUCCGUCUACAUCCUCGUGGGAGUGACAUUUGAUUGGCAAAAUUAUUAUUCACCGGAUAUUCUCACUCCCCAUGAUAAGCAUUGGGUGGAAAUAGUGAAGCAGCAAGCUUACAAAAAUGUCAACAAUUUGAAAAUGAUUGAUGAAACUAAAUUGAACAGUUUAAACCUAGACGCAUGUCUAAGAAAAGCAAGACAAUCCGACACUCCAGAUCAAUGUCUGCAACACAUGGAUAUCUCAACUGCACAAGGUCAAGCAGAAACAUUCCCAGGUUGUAGUCAACCAUCUAUCUCUACUUCAUAUACUGAUGAAGGAAUGCAUGACGGCCAAAUUUAUGCCGAUCCACAGCCAGGCACGAGAGAAAUGCCGCUUAACGGUUAUGUGUUGGAUGAAUUUUCCUCUGAGAUGUACAAUGACGAGGAUGGUUGUCACUUUGACGGAUCGUGUUUACCAUUCCCUGAAGGUGGAUAUUCGAUAGAGAAUGAAAGGUCAGAUGUUGAAUUCAUAUAUGGUUGUCCUCCUUGGGCAACAUGGGAACCAAAAAGUGGUAUUUUCUUUGGUUCUUGCGAUGGAGAAGAAUGUAGCCGUUAUUCUACUUUCACAAAUUCUGCUGUGGACAUAUCAAGUAAUGGCAAAUCCAAAGCAGCGUGGUGUAAGAUUGGUUUUGUUCUGAAAUGGGUCAUAUCAGUAAAAAGGCACGCAACUGCCAAAAAGAAUGCUCAGCUGUUUUGCCAUAACUAAUUCGACUCUGUUUUAUGUAUAGGAUAUUAGUUUCUGAAUGCCUUUGUUUUUCUGCAAGUUUAGCUUCUUUAAUUUCUACUGCACUAAAGAAAUGUGUAAGACGGGUUCCUCAUCUACAUCUGUGCUGGAUUGUUUAGGUACAAUUGUUGUUGUUGUUUCUAAUAUCAAGUUUUUUACUUUAAGAUUCGUGAUCAAUUCAAAUUUAUUCUGUUCAAAGCA